AUGUUAACGACUGAAAAUCCGCUGAUCUGGAGUUACACGCGAGGGGCCGCACAUCCGCUAGCAGACAUGUCGGGCCCAUAUUACAUAUAUGGUGCACCUAACGUCAACUUUGCGCCCGGCAAGGCCGUGCUUGGUGCAACUGAAGACCUCAAAAGCGAGUAUAACAUCAUGUGGUUACGCAGAUCUCCACAUCAGACUGACUCGGCGCCUAUUAUUUACACAGCCUCGCCCCUAUUUUUAUUUUCGGGUAAAGUGCUAGGACCAAAUGGGGAACCUGUAGAGGCAACGCUGGAUCUUUGGCAAGCAAAUACACGAGGUGAAUACUGGCUAAGCGAGUACCGAAACCGAGGCAAAAUAACAGUAGAUCCGUCUACCGGGAGCUUUGAGAUUCUAACCAUUCCUCCGGCUAUUUAUGCAAUUCUGGGUGCCCAACGUGUGGCACAUAUCCAUGGAAUUAUCACUGCCCCAGGUUAUCAGUCGCUGAUUACGCAGAUAUACCUGUGCCCCAAGAACGAGCCCACGGGGUUUCAGGUUGAUUUCCUUACUAUGAUGCGUGGUAAUCGCGAGAAUAUGAUCAAGGGAUGGUCGAUUCCCACAGAAAAAGGUGAUAGAUACUGGGACUGGCCGCAACUCGAGUCGUCUGAAACGGAAACUGUAAAACUUGUGGAAGAGUGGAACAGCCGAUUGGCCAGUCAACCCGAUGGGUGGAAAAUCACAUGCGGAGCGUCGCAGGUGAUAACUCUCAAUAAGGCAUAG